UCAACAACGAUGGAAAUCGUGACCUGUCUAAAUCAUUUAUUAGUGAUCAAAUGAGAAUAUACUUUCAGUGGAUUGGUUAUUCUAUCGUUUGUGAACUGAUCGAUAUCUUUGGUACAAUAUCCAACACUAUCAACAUCAUGUGCUUUCUAAAGAUGGGCUUUAAGGACCCAGUCAAUGUCAGUCUUUUGG